AUUUAAGUCCUUUGUAUAUACCUUGCCUUUUAAGUACACUUAUUUUCUACCAUAUUUUCCUUUCUUCUUCUUCUUCUUUGCCUUCUAGUGACUUAAUUUCUAGCUAGCAACUAUUUUCUCUCCCUAUAAUUAAGUGACUCCUACUUCAUACUCAGAGAGGGCAUGCCUGAAUGUCCAGAGAAAGGGAGAGAUUUGAUGAGAUAGGGAAGAAGAUAAAGAGGGAAGGAGAUCAUCAUCAUCAUCAUCAUCAUCAUGUUUCAAAUAACUCUCAUCAGAUGGGAAGAAGACAUAUGUUAGGACCACCUGGAACCCUAAAUACUAUAACACCUUGUGCAGCAUGUAAGCUUUUAAGAAGAAGAUGUGCUCAAGAAUGUCCUUUCUCUCCCUAUUUCUCUCCUCAUGAACCUCAAAAGUUUGCUUCUGUUCACAAAGUUUUUGGUGCUAGCAAUGUCUCCAAGAUGCUAAUGGAGGUAGCAGAAUGUUCAAGAGCAGAUGCAGCAAAUAGUCUUGUUUAUGAAGCAAAUGUUAGACUAAGAGAUCCAGUUUAUGGAUGCAUGGGUGCAAUUUCAACAUUACAACAACAGGUUCAAUCUUUACAAGCUGAACUCAAUGUAUUAAGAAGUGAAAUACUUAAAUACAAAUUAAGAGAAGCAGCUCACAUCAACAUGAAUAAUAUGAAUAUGAAUAAUAUGCUACAAGCUUCUUCUCAUCAUCAUGUUCCUAUGCUUCCUUCUAAUUCCUCUGUGGCUGUUUCAAUUGCUGCUCCACCGCCGCCGCCACCACCGCCUCCUCCUCCUCUUCCUCCAACUUCUAAUUCAUCUUCUUCCAUAUACUUCCAAGAGAGGGAUCACAACAACUAUAGCACAAUUUCAAGUGAUGAUAAUAUUUCCUAUUUUGGUUAAAUUAAUUUGAUGCUUGUUCUAAAUUAUAAUUAUUCCAUUUGUCAUCAAUCAAUCAAGGUGGAAUGAAGUAAAGAAAAUGAGAGCAUUGAUGCUGGAUUGAUGUUAAUUACGGCACUGAUGUAUGUCAUUAAUUAUUAAUUUUUUGUUAUUUUGUCUUAA